ACUGCAGUGGUUUAUAGCUAGAGAGUGAGUUGCAGAACUUAAACAGUUCAACCAAAAAAAGUUACAGAACAGUAAAAUAGAGGAUGAAGAAAACCAGGUCUGCCCGGAAACACCGUCCUGUUUCAUCUUCGGAGGAGGAGGAGGAAGUUGAGUAUGAAAAAACAGAAGAAGAAGAAGAAAAUGGUCAGAGUAUUGAAGCAAAUCAAGCAGAUCAAGCAGAUGAGGAGGAUGCAAAUGAAGAAGGUGAGGAGGAUGAUGAUGAGGAAGGAGCUACAACUUCUGUGAAGAAAACUGUUCACAAGCAUCGGAAGAGUGAUCUCAAGGGUUCCAAGAGAAAGAAGAAGAAAGUUGCGGAUGGUGCUGAGAAGAAACCUGAGAAGAAGAAGCUGUUUGAAAGGAUAUGGUCGGAUGAGGAUGAACUUACCAUUUUGAAAGGUAUGUUGAAUUACCAUUCUACGAAUGGUUCUGAUGUUGAUAUGAGUAAAUUUCACGAGUUUAUUAAGGAAGCUUUCAAUUUUGAUGUCGCAAAGAGUCAGUUGGCUGAUAAAAUCAGACGAUUAAGGAAGAAAUUUAUUAACAAUGCAAGUAGGGCAAAGGAGGGCGUCGACCCCAGUUUUUCAAAACAUCAUGAUACUAAGGUUUUCAGAUUGUCCAAGAAAUUAUGGGGUAAUUUAGCUUCUCCUUCGACCAAGGAAAUCGAUUGGUCUUUGUACCCGCAUUUGGUCGGGUCAUUCCGGCCUCUUCACAUUCAGCCAAUCGAUUGGUCUAUGUACUGGUCAUUCCAGCCUCUACACAUUCAGCCAAGGUGGAACAAGUCGCUUGAAGAAGGGUUUUGCAAGAUAGGUGACUCAAAGUUGAAAGAGUUCGACCAGAAAUGGAAAGAUUUAGGGAAGGAAGAAGCAGAACUUUUAUUCAAGCGUGUGGAGUUAACCUGGCAACAACUCAAGCUGGUCCGAGAAGCUUCUCAUCUGUGAAAAUGAAAGAAUGAAAGAAAUUUAUGCCUUUUUGGUUUUUGGUUUUUGGUUUUCCUUCUUUUGUUAGGUUCCUUUCUCUUCUCUCCUACUCUCCUAAAACAACUUAUGUUCUGUGUUUCAAGUAUGCUUUAUCCUUUUUGGACUAUUUUGUAAGGAAUGCUUAAUGAAUAUGAUCUAUGCUUUUCUUCUUUCAAGUUU